GAUGCGGCUCCGGAGACCCAGUGUCCUGGCGGCAGCGCGGGGCCGUGCCGGGCUUGGGAGCGGGGCCCGAGAACCCGGAACGCUGGGCUCGGCUCCCGCGGUGGCGGCGGCGCAGGAGCCUCCCGCGUCUGGACUCGCCAGGCUGCAGGAGCCCCUGCGCCUGCGCUGCUCCAGGGGGGAAACGGGGUAAAAACUUCCUGCCCCCGGGUGUGUAUGCACAGGGGUGGCCCGGGACCAAUGUCACGGUGGUCGGGGAUGCUGGAAGCCAGUGUGACCCCGGGCCCCUGGCUGGGCCCGGCAGCGCGAGUCCCUCUGCAGGCCACCUCCCCUGAGCCGCCCAGGGCCCGGGCGGGGCCGGGGGCCAGGAAGACGCACCCGAGGGCUCGACCCGGGGGGCGGCCGCGCGCCCUGCCCUUUGGGGAGGUGCGCGCCUCUGUGCAGCAAGAAGCCGGGUUGGGGUUUCUGCCCCCUCCUGUCUUCAGACCCCGUAGGUGGGAACCGGGUCUCUUCACUCAAUCUCAAGUAACUUUCGAGGUAGAGGAGCUUGAAAACCAUCGGAAGGGGACCUGCACAGACCUUGUUGUGACCCCCCCCCCUUCCCUUAACACCUUAUGGGUGCCACCGUGUUUCGGGACGCAGAAAGGCGAGCUUACGCGGAUGGUGAAGAAGCAAAGAUGUGGUGUCAGGCGGGGAGGGGUUGUUUAUGUGUGGGAUAGUGUGAACCAGAGAUGUGUAAUGAGGGAGUGUGGACGCGCGCCCCGACUACCGCGGGGGGAGCUGGGUGGCCGAGGGUUCACACCCGGGUCUCCCCGGCCUGGAGCGGGCCAGGAGCGCGAGGGUUAUUUGCGGUCGUGCCGUGGGUGCGGGCUCCCGGCAGCGCUGAUCCCGGCCCGCCGGGAGGAGUGCGCUCGCCGGGAGCCCGGAGUGCGGAGCCGAGAGCCGAGGCAGGUCCGAGGUAGCUUCCGGGGCAGGUCGGGUCUGCGCUGGCUGGGGAAGGCGGGGACGCGCUGCCUGCCUGCUACCAACCGUCACCGAGGAGAGGGGAUGGAGGCAAAGCGCAAGUCUCGGAUGCCUGAGUCGCCGGCUGAUAAACCCGUUGAGAUUACUGGGCUCUGGAACCCAAGGCAGACGAGGUCAAUUGGCCGGUCCUCCUGCGGGUCCCCAGGAUGCUGAUGGCAUUAGGCGAGACCUCGACGCUGGAGGGACCGCACCACUGAGGACUUGGAGCUGCUGGGGCCGCGAAACUUCCACUUCUUCCACUUCGCCAGCUCAGGGACAUUCAGGCUCCACAGCUGCAGGCUCGUCUCUCGUCAGCUGAGCUACGCUAGCAUUCGGACUCCUCUUGCAGUGACAGAUUUGUCCUGGUUACAGCUGUCUUUACCCUAAUUUCAGUCUCUUUAAAGUCAUUUGUCUAGCCACUACAGAGUUCCUUCCCUUGCCCUGUGGUCUCAUCUCUAACUCAGCGCUGGGAAGGCAGAUUUAAGGAAUUAUUUCCGUUUAGGACGGAUGACAGCAGAUUUAAUUAGCCCACCUCAUUUCUGAUGUUUAAAAAAAUAUAUACUGGGGGAUUGAUUGUAGAGCUAACUUUUACACUCUCUUUUUUUUUUUCGGGGGAAUGGGUAGUGGUGGAGUGGUGAACAAUUGUACAGAUUGUUUAUCCUGACGUUGGGCCAAAACAUCUGAUAACACACAGGUGAAUACUUUACAGGCUGGUGGGUAUGGAUUUGAGUAAGUCACAUACAGCCACGGAGCUGUAUGCCACCGAUGAAUAUAAUCUCCCACCUAUACAUUGUUCUGAGUGUACUUGAUAUAUCACCCUGCUAUAAGUCAGAGAAACACUAGUAUAUGUUCCCUUAAACUCUAUGGAUUUAAUGGCAUUUAAAUUGGUUUAUGAGCUGAUACAUUUAACCAAUUUUAAUAACUUUUGUGCACAAGCAUCUAAUAAACCAUAUUUGU